AAGACAUUUUAGGAUCACUGGAUCUAAGGUGGUACGAUGAGCAGAUGAGUUUUGACCAAAUCUCGUGCAAUCUGGUUUUGCUGGAAACUACUACUGAAUAAACUGGGGGACGCGGGGGCGCGCUCAAGGGGGACGGAGCGCGCGGCCCCGGUAUCAAGUUACAGUCCCAGACUUUUCAAGGCAACAUUUCUUCCUCCAUCGCAAAAGUGGGGGAUGGUGAACGCUAUUUCUUUUCUUCAAACUUUUUAAAGGAACGAAAAACGGAGCUGGGGUAAACUUUGUGCUGGAAUUUAAAACGCAACUUUUGUUUACACCUUUUACGCAGCGCAUUUGUACGAUGAAGAGAUUUUCAACAGUAUGUGAGAGAGAAAGGAGGCAUAAAAAACUUUGGAAUCGGAAGAAAAUACAUUUCUUUUAAAGAGGAAAAUGUCGAAUCGAGAAUCUAGGAAAUAUCCACACUUUGACUUGGUUUGAAACCUUCAAGCGCAUCGCGAACAAGUGGAGAUCGACAGUUUAUUUGGAAACUUUUGAUGAAACAUCGCUACAUUGUUGGGUCUCCAAGAUGUCCUCCAAGCGACUCUGCUCCAUUGUUGGAGGCUUUUGGAUGCUUUGUAUCUGGGCAACAACCUCUAUAAUCACUCAGGCGGUUAUCUUGCACCCAAAUGAAACGGUAUUCAGCGACUUUUGUAAAAAAUCGACAACUUGUGAAGUACUAAAAUACAAUACGUGCCUUGGUUCACCUUUGCCGUACACGCACACGUCUCUCAUUCUGGCUGAAGACUCAGAAACUCAAGAAGAAGCCUUGGAGAAAUUGGCCAUGUGGUCUGGGUUGAGAAACGCUCCCCGCUGUUGGGCUGUCAUUCAGCCGUUGCUGUGUGCUGUUUACAUGCCAAAAUGCGAGAAUGGAAAGGUCGAACUGCCCAGCCAGCACCUGUGCCAAGCUACACGCAAACCUUGCAGUAUUGUGGAGCGGGAAAGGGGCUGGCCCAACUUCCUCAAGUGUGAAAACAAGGAGCAGUUCCCUAAGGGUUGCCAGAAUGAGGUCCAGAAGAUCAAAUUCAACACUUCAGGACAGUGUGAGGCUCCCUUGGUCAAAACCGACAUCCAGGCAAGUUGGUACAAGGACGUGGAAGGUUGUGGGAUCCAGUGCAACAAUCCCCUGUUCACGGAUGAGGAGCACUCAGACAUGCAUAACUACAUUGCCAUCUUCGGCUCCAUCACUCUCUUAUGUACCUUCUUUACGCUGGCCACGUUUCUCGCCGAUUGGAAGAAUUCCAACCGUUAUCCCGCUGUGAUCCUCUUUUACAUCAACGCAUGUUUCUUCAUCGGGAGUAUUGGAUGGCUCGCUCAGUUCAUGGAUGGAGCCCGCAAGGAGAUUGUGUGCAAAAGCGACGACACUAUGCGGCUUGGAGAGCCAUCAUCCACUGAGACGCUGUCAUGUGUGAUUAUCUUCGUCAUGGUAUAUUAUUCUCUAAUGUCUGGGGUCAUUUGGUUUGUUAUGCUCACUUAUGCCUGGCACUCAUCGUUUAAAGCCCUGGGCACCACCCAUCAGCCUCUGUAUGGAAAAACAUCCUAUUUUCAUCUGGUCACAUGGUCUAUUCCUUUCAUACUGACAGUUGCUAUACUGGCCAUUGCAGAGGUGGAUGGAGAUUCGGUUAGCGGCAUUUGCUUUGUUGGCUAUAAGAACUACAGAUACCGUGCAGGGUUUGUUUUGGCUCCUAUCGGGGUGGUCCUUGUCGUUGGCGGUUAUUUCCUGAUACGAGGGGUUAUGACAUUGUUUUCCAUUAAAAGUAACCAUCCGGGGCUGCUCAGUGAAAAAGCUGCUAGUAAAAUCAAUGAAACCAUGCUGAGGCUUGGUAUAUUUGGAUUCUUAGCCUUUGGUUUUGUUUUAAUCACUUUCGGCUGCCAUUUCUAUGACUUUUUCAACCAAGCUGAGUGGGAAAAAAGCUUCAGGGAAUAUGUACUAUGUGAGGCUAAUGUCACCAUAGCUCACCAGACCAACAAGCCGAUUCCAGAGUGUGCCAUCAAGAACAGGCCUAGUCUGCUGGUGGAGAAAAUCAACCUCUUCUCCAUGUUCGGUACAGGCAUUGCAAUGAGCACAUGGGUCUGGACGAAGGCCACCAUCCUUAUCUGGAAACGCACCUGGUUCAGAAUCAUUGGAAGAAGUGACGAUGAGCCGAAACGAAUUAAGAAGAGUAAAAUGAUUGCCAAGGCAUUCUCAAAGCGAAAAGAACUGCAGAAGGAUCCAGAGAAAGAGCUGUCCUUCAGCAUGCACACUGUUUCUCAUGAAGGACCUGUAGCGGGUAUCAACUUUGACCUGAAUGAGCCGUCAAUGGAAAUGUCUUCUGCGUGGGCCCAACAUGUGACCAAGAUGGUAGCUAGAAGAGGGGCAAUUUUACCACAGGAUAUCUCAGUUACGCCCACUGGAACACCUGUUCCACCUCCAGAGGAAAGGAACAAACUUUGGAUGGUUGAAGCAGAAAUUUCUCCUGAAAUGAUGAAAAGAAAGAAGAAGAAAAAGAGAAGGAAGGAAUUACGGCCAACGGGUCCUGCAGCGGACGAAGGGAAGACUGCCUACCACUGGAGGGAGUUUGGCCCCAGCUCAGUCCCCCGUCUCCCAAAACUUCCAGGUCGCCAGAGUCUGGUGGCUAACCAGUGGGAGCAGCAGCAACAGCGGCAGGAGGAACAGGAUAUGCUACCUGGAGCCUUCCCUGAAUUCAGGCCUUCGUGUCCUCUUCCUUACCAGGAGAGAUAUGGUGGUUUGGGAUAUUUACACAAUAAACCCUCCAGCCUCCCCCUUGCUAAUCCCCUGACGCUAAGAGAUAGCAUGCAAGAUGAUUCAGAUGGCUUCCAGCAAUCAUCAUGGCACCCUAAUUGGGUUUUCCGGCACCUUGGGCAGGAGGCUUCCGUGAUGGAUGCUGGCAGGACUGCGGUUGUGCCAUGGGCCGAUGGCAGGAGGUGUAUACCAAUACACUCCAGAACAAAUCUUAUGGAGGCCGAGCUAUUGGAUGCUGGCUCAGAUUUUUAAAUCUUUGGAGUUGUUGGUGCUCAUUUUGCGCAGUGAAAAGUGCUGGAUACUCAUGCCAAACAAUGAAGCAGAAGUGGGUUCCAGCUGCUGUGCCAGCUCUGCUUGGAAUAAAAAAAAUUUUAUGAACCUCUCAUGAUAAUGAGACUUAUGAACUGGAUAUAUGAAACAUUAUUAAAUAGUCAUAAAGACAUUUGUGCCUUCAACUUGGAUUUUAAAUCAUCCCACAUGUGAUUGUGGAGACAAUGCAUAUUGUUCAGUUUGCUAGCAGGGCUAAUAUGACAUCAUUUAGAUUCCUUUCUUUGUUUGGAACAGGUUCUUGUGUUAAGGGGCUUUAUUUAAGAAUGCCACAUAAUUCGGAUCUUAGCUUAAAGGGGAAUUGUGUGAUUUCUGCAGCACUGGAGUUACCAAACGAAAUCUGCCCAUCUGUCAUUGGUCAGUAAAAAAGAUAGCCCCACCCAGAAUACAUGCCAUUGACUGAGCCAGUGUUGCUGUGUUGGCAUAAUCAAAAAUAACCAUUUUUAAAGGGUUACUCCACCCCAAAAUCAAAAUGUUGUCAUUAAUAGCUUACCCCCAUGUUGUUCCAAACCCAUAAAAGCUCCAUUCGUCUUCGGAACACAAUUUAAGAUUUUUUGGAUGAAAACCAGGAGGCUUGUGACUGUCCCAUAGACUGCCAAGUAAAUAACAGUGUAAAGGUCCAUAAAAAUUACAACAGUCUGCAUAUGCUCUUCUGUGUCAUCUGAGCCACAAGGGUGCACCGUUUUAUUUCAAAUCAAAGCUAAAUACGUAGAAACAGUGCAUCCUUGUGGCGCG